CAAGACAGAGCAAAUUAACUCCAUUGGCGAAUUAUUGCAUUACAAGGAAUCGCUCCGCUCAACGGUGCGCGACGGCGAUUAGUUUUUUUCUUCUUUUCUUUUUUUUUUUUUUUUUUUUUUUAAUGGUGACAUUUGAUUAAAGCGAGCGGAUUUCGGUUAAGAUGAUGGAGUAUAUGGAGGAUAAGUUUGCGUUGAAAAGCCAAACGAUUAAGGCCAGCGAUUACUACAUGGACCAAGUCAUGGAGAGCCUGGACAGCGCGCAGUACUUCACCAAGUCUUCCCCAAAAUGUGUGCAGGCCUUCGGGCUUCAGAGCGGCGAACACCGCUCCUCUCCCUGCGGAGAACAAAACGCCAAUUACGGUGUGCCAAAAACCGACGACGACACUUUGCACUCGGAGCUCGGGAGGUCGAUGGACAGUUGUUGCACUCUGCGGGCUUCUCCGGUGACAACCGGACAGGAGAAAACGGAUUUGGACGACAUGGGAGACAAGUGCGACAGUAACGUGUCCAGCAGCAAGAAGAGGAGACACCGGACGACUUUUACCAGCGCGCAGCUGGAGGAGCUGGAGAAAGUCUUUCAGAAAACUCACUAUCCAGAUGUUUAUGUGAGGGAACAGCUGGCCAUGAGGACGGAAUUAACAGAGGCCAGAGUGCAGGUGUGGUUUCAGAAUAGAAGAGCAAAAUGGAGGAAAAGAGAGCGCUACGGGCAGAUCCAACAAGCCAAAACUCACUUUGCAGCCACCUACGAUUUAUCAGUGUUACCGAGGACCGACAGCUACACACAGAUUCCCAACAACCUGUGGCCGAGCCCUGCUCCCGGUGGCUCUGUGGUUUCCUCCUGCAUGCUGCCCCGAGGCUCCCCCCCCUGUGUCACCUCCUACUCGCACUCCCCUCGCUCGGCAGCCGGUGCCGCCGAGCACGGCUACAUGGGCUUCCCCAAUCAGCAGAACCAGUUCGGCCAUGUCUCCCUCAACAACUUCUUCAGUGCAGAUUCCCUCCUCACGCCGGCCACCAACGGUCACCACGCCUUCGAAACCAAGCCCGAGUUUGAGAGGCGUUCGUCCAGCAUAGCCGUGCUGCGAAUGAAGGCCAAGGAGCACACGGCCAACAUCUCGUGGGCCAUGUAAUCAGGGCUCCUGUGCGUGUCUGGAAAGAUUGGAUCAUGUAUGGGAUUUAAAAAAAAAAUUUGCUGUUUGUACCAAGUGUAAGAAUUGCCCAAAUAGUCUGAAAUCAUAUUCAAAACAAGCUGUUUGUCACUCACGGUACAGAUCUAACAACAUUUCUUUUGUCAUCUACAGAUUAGAUGUCACUAUUUUUUGUUGUCAAUGAAAAUCGGCCACAGAGCUAUAUCAUACUGCCCUGCUAUUUAGUUCUGCGUCUCUGACCAACAUUUUAUCUACUGACUCAAGAAGAUAUGGUCUGGAUAAAGUGCGUAAAUGGAAAAUGUAUUAGGAUUCGUGGUUCUCUGCAUAUUCCAAAAUCUGCAAGUCAAUAAGCUCAAGCUUGUAAAAAAAAAAAAAAAUGAAAUAGCCAUAAUGUUGUGUUACAUCAGCUGUGUCUCCGGUCUGAGGCAGAUCUACAUUAGGGCAGACUGAUACUGUCGUUAAAAUACUUCCAUACAUAGAUACAUAAGGGAGGAGAUGGUCUAGACCUUCAUGUAGCUUAACUAAACAAUACAUUGAUAUCAUUCAGAUGAUCAGGGUAAUGUCCAGUGCAUUGUUUUAAAGCCUGCAGUCCUUUCUGGUCAGACCAGACGGCUGAUUAACCCUCGUGAUCUGUGGAGUUGAGAGCUGUGAUGUGAAUAAGCUUUCUUUGUUGUUGUUUUUUAAUGGGGGUCGAGGAGUCCUCAGCGUUGCCUCUUUUUCUGAGACUGAAAGAAGUGUGAGAGGGAGGGGAAGCAAGAAGAAAAACUCCAGGCUCCAGUGGGAUUUGAUCCCAGUGCGGGCACGUUUGGACCGAGAGGGAGGGGUCCCAAACCACUACAGCAUUUUCUAAGCACUGUGAAAAAGAAAAAAAAAAAGCUUUCUUUACCUGCGCCUUUCGUCUUUCUCCCUUGUUCCAGCGCAGGACUGAAGACGAGCAGCGCGGAGACAAACUAACUUGACGUACUGACGUGUCUGUGUGCUUUGCAGCAAAGCUCUGUAAUCUCUGUCAUCUGGCA